GAAGCAGGAAGUAUAAAUGAUUGUUGGGACAACCAGGAGCCGCCUGCACUCUCUACGUGCAGCAAUGCCAGUAUCUUCCGAAGGAUAAAUGCCAUACUGGACAAUUCGCUGGAUUUCAGUCAAGUCUGCACGACACCUGUAAACCGAAGAAUUCAUGAUCAUUUGCCAGCAGACUUCCAGGACUCCGAAGAAGCAGUUCCGAGCAAGAUGCUCUUCCCCACCUCUGCGCAAGAACCUUCCCAUGGCCUCCCAGAUGCAAAUGACUUGUGCCUUGGCCUGCAGUCCCUCAGUCUGACGGGCUGGGACCGGCCCUGGAGCACGGACACAGACUCCUCAGCCCAGAGCAGUACACACCCGGUGUUGAGCAUGCUUCAUAAUCCAUUGGGAAAUGUCCUAGGAAAAAAUCCCUUGAGCUUCCUGCCUCUGGAUCCCCUUGGGCCUGACCUGGACAAGUUUCCAGCACCUUCUGUUAGAGGACCCCGCUUGGACACCCGGCCCAUCCUGGACUCCCGUUCUAGCAGCCCCUCUGACUCAGACACAAGCGGCUUCAGCUCUGGAUCGGACCAUCUCUCAGACUUGAUUUCGAGCCUUCGCAUUUCCCCUCCUCUGCCCUUCCUAUCCUUGGCCGGGGGCAGUUCCCGGGACGCUCUGAAGACGGGCGUGGGGUCUCGGAUGGACCAGGAGCCGGCCACUCUCGCUGCAGUCGCCCCCUCCCCAGCCAGUGCUUCCAAGAGAUGCUGGCCAGGAGCAUCUGUGUGGCCGUCCUGGCACCUCCUGAAGGCGCCCAAAGACCCCUUCAGCAUAGAGCGAGAGGCCAGGCUGCACCGGCAAGCUGCAGCUGUGAAUGAAGCCACCUGCACCUGGAGUGGCCAGCUUCCCCCCCGGAGCUACAAGAACCCCAUCUACUCGUGCAAGGUGUUCCUGGGAGGCGUCCCCUGGGACAUUACGGAAGCUGGGUUGGUUAACACCUUCCGUGUGUUUGGCUCUCUGAGUGUGGAGUGGCCUGGUAAGGAUGGCAAGCACCCCCGGUGCCCUCCCAAAGGUAAUGUGCCUAAAGGAUAUGUGUACCUGGUGUUCGAGCUCGAGAAGUCUGUGCGGGCCUUGCUUCAGGCUUGCUCUCACGACCCUCUCAGCCCAGACGGCCUGAGUGAAUAUUACUUCAAAAUGUCCAGCCGGCGGAUGCGCUGUAAGGAGGUGCAGGUGAUCCCCUGGGUCCUGGCUGACAGCAACUUCGUCCGGAGCCCGUCCCAGAGGCUGGACCCCAGCAGGACGGUGUUCGUGGGUGCCCUGCACGGGAUGCUCAAUGCCGAGGCCCUGGCUGCCAUCUUGAAUGACCUGUUUGGUGGAGUGGUGUAUGCUGGGAUUGACACUGAUAAGCACAAGUACCCCAUUGGCUCUGGUCGUGUGACGUUCAGUAACCAGCGCAGUUACCUGAAAGCCGUCAGUGCCGCUUUUGUGGAGAUCAAAACCACCAAGUUCACCAAGAAGGUCCAGAUUGACCCCUAUCUAGAGGACUCUCUUUGUCACAUCUGCAGCUCUCAGCCUGGUCCUUUUUUCUGUCGUGAUCAGGUCUGCUUCAAGUACUUCUGUCGGAGCUGCUGGCACUGGCGGCACAGCACGGAGGGCUUGCGCCACCACAGCCCGCUGAUGCGGAAUCAGAAGAAUCGGGAGGCCAGCUAGAGGAGCUGGCCUCUGGCAGAGCCGGGGCGCGGCGGCUGGCGGGUCGGCCGCAGUCCCUAGCCACUGGCGACCAGGGGGCCGGCUUCUCCGGGACAAGGGAAAAUUGUAGUCACCUUUGCACUUGCUGAGUCUGUCUUUGUUUCUGCACUAAUCGAUGCACAGUGAGUUUUGUCGGGCUUUGUUUUCAGGGCGUGCGCCAUGGCAGGCAUCCUCUGGCUCACCCCAAGCGACUCCAUCCUUCUCCUAGAUUUCAGUUCCUCAUUUUGCAUAUGAGAAGCAAAAAAAAAAAAA